UUUGGACGACGGCUCGUACGCGCAGGCGCAGACGGCCGACGCUUGACGACACCACACAAGAAGACGCCAUCGCUGUUCUGUGAUCCGGCUGCAAGCUCUAGUUUUCUAUUUGAGGCGUCUUGGUAUUUAGAACUUGUGCGAUGGCUGCUCCGAACGCAGAAGUUAAACAAGAUGCUGGGGGUCCUGGCCCUCUUAUCCAGCAGCAGCAGCAGCAACAACACCAGCAGCAGCAGCAGCACCAGCAACAAACCAAGCCUGACGGUCCUGGCAAUUUCCACGGUGGUAGAGGCGGACGCGGUGGCGGCAGGCGAUUUAGUGGUCCUGGCAGGGACAACCGCGGCCCCAGAAACAGUUCGGGAGGACGAGACAUGAACGCCGCCCGUGGUGGACCUGUGAACUCUCCUAACAACCGUGGUGGAGCUGUAAAUUCCCCUAACAACCGUGGUGGGGCAGUAAAUUCUCCUAAUAACCGUGGUGGGGCAGUAAAUUCUCCUAACAACCGUGGUGGACCCAUGAACAAGAUGGGAGGAGGUGUAGCUAACGCACCAAAGGUGAAGAGUGAGGGUGAUGACAAUGGUCCUCGUAGUCUCAUGGGCCAACGGCCUCGGGGUGCUUUCAGGAGUGGUCCUGGUCGUGAUGACAGACCACGAGGUCAAGAGGAUCGUUUUAAUGAGAAGCUGGCCACUCUGGCUGGCCCUACUCAUGACCUUCCUCCCCUCGACGUGUCUGAAAAGAAGUUUUCUGGGAGGAACAGGCUUUACAUUGGCAAUCUCACAAAUGACGUUACUGAAGAGGAAAUUUCUAGUCUUUUCCAGAAGUUUGGUGAAACAGCUGAGCUCUUUGUUAACAAAGAAAAGAACUUUGCUUUCAUAAGAAUGGACUUCCAUGCCAAUGCCGAGAAAGCUAAGAAAGAAUUAGAUGGAUCAAUGCGUAGGGGGCGUCCCCUCAAAGUCAGAUUUGCUCCCAACAGUACCGCUGUUAAGGUCAAGAAUCUUACUCAGUAUGUUACAAAUGAGCUUCUAGAGAAGGCAUUUAGCAUCUUUGGAGAUAUUGAACGUGCUGUUAUCAUAAGUGAUGAAAGAGGAAAAUCCACUGGUGAAGGCAUAAUUGAGUUUGCUCGAAAACCUGGUGCCCAAAUGGCCCUUCGUAGAUGCUCUGAAGGUUGCUUUUUCCUCACUGCUUCUCUUCGCCCCGUCAUUCUGGAACCAAUGGAGCUCUUAGAUGAAAUUGAUGGCUACAGCGAAAAGGUUGUUCCUAAGAAGAAUUCAGAUUAUCAUAAAGCAAGAGAUGUUGGACCACGCUUUGCAGCCCCCGGAAGCUUUGAAUAUGAAUAUGGUACCCGCUGGAAGCAAAUGUACGAGCGCCGCAAGCAGAAGGAGGAAGCCUUGCAGCGUGAGAUGAAAAUGGAGGAAGAAAAGCUUGAAGCUCAAAUGGAAUAUGCUAAAUAUGAGCAUGAAACUGAGAUGCUUCGUGAACAGCUACGUCAGAGGGAAUUAGACAGAGAACGUCAAAAACGCGACUGGGAACUAAAGGAGCGUCAAGCUGAAGAGCAACGACGCCAAGAUGAAGAGAUUAUGCGUCGCCAACAAGAAGAUAUGUCCUUACGCAUGCAUCAUCAGGAAGAGGAACUUCGUCGACGACAACAAGAAAAUUCUCUUUUCAUGCAGGCCCACAAACUAAGUAGUCUUUUGGAUCAACAGGAGCAGGCUUUGGGACAGCGAGGAAACUAUGAGGCAGCUCAAGGUGGUGAUGCACCUAUGCGUGAAUACGAAGCAGCCCAAGGACCAGGAAACAUACCUCCGGACUCUAAGGCAUUCAUGGAUGCUUAUGAGCGGGGAGCCCGCUACGACAGCCCACGAGGAGACAUGAUGGACGAAAUGGCCAAUGGAGGCCAACGAGGCAACCCCCGAUCUCGCUGGGGGGCUCCCGAAAGAGCAAGGGUUGAUGACUACCAGGCGAAGAGGAGGCGCUUCUGAUGACAUUAAAUAUUCACCCUUAUGAUGUGCAGAUAUUUACCUGCUGAGCAUGAAGUUGAACAAACAAAAUUGUCAAUGUAUUUAUGUUGCUCUUGCAUUAGGCUAAUUGGAUUGGAUUGAUCAUAUGGAGUAAUAUCCUACUUCGAAUAGUUUUUAACGACAUGACUUUUGAGUCAUGGAUUUACUUAGCCAGAGCUGUUUUACAGCUUCUCCUAGAAUAUAUGAUGUGGUAUGCAGUUUUAUGGUAAUACAUUUAUCAUCAUUUGAUCAUUGAAGCAAUUAUGAGUUAAAGUAGCAGUAUUAAUUUGAUUUUACAUUCAUUGGCUGCUCUUUUGUGUUGUUACCAUCAGUAAUUUCAUUACCUUGUUUAUUUGUUCAUGAAAAUGAAAAUUCUAAUUCUUAAAAUCAACCAAGUUUAUCAUUGUUUUAUUUUUAUUACUAAACUUAUUCAUUGUAUAAGAUAUAAUUUAUCUGCAUUUCAAAUAAAUAGAGAUGUAUACAAAUAUAUAAUUAAUGGAUGCUCU